UUGUCUAUUUUUUUUUUUUUUCAUUUCCUUUCUCUACAACACGAAUUUUCCCAAGAUCCUCGAUGUCGUCGAUUUUUUUCUCUCUUUUAUUUACUUAUUAAUCUUUUUUUUUUAUCUUUUAUAUUCAUUUCCAUUUUUUGUUUGUUUUCAAAAACAUUUCCUCGAAUCGUCGUUCGUACAACGUAAUAUCCUUUCUAAAAUUUCUUUUAAUGAACUUAAAACAUUUCUCUCUCUCUCUCUCUCUCUCUCUCUCUCUCUCUCUCUCUCUCUCUCUCUCUCUCUUCUUUUCUCUAUUUUUUUUUAUUUUCAUUUCUUUUUUUGUUCAUAUGUAGAUCACUACCGAACACGGUUAUAUAAUUUCGAGGUAACAAUUUGAUAACUCACACUAAUUAAACUGAUUAGAUAAUCCGUAAAGUCGAUGGUUAAAUCAUGAAAAGAAAAGAAAAGAAAAAAUAAAAUAAAAUAAAAAUAACAGAUUUCUUAUUCUCUCUCUCUCUAUAUAUAUAUAUAUAUUUUUUUGUUUUUUCUUCGAACUCAACACGAUAAAAAUUAUUAUCGUUAAACUCGUACAACUGUGAUUUGAUCUCUCUCUCUCUCUCUCUCCAUCUCUAUCUCUAUCUCUAUCUCUUUUUUGUCUAUCUGCUUAUCAAUUCAAAAGAAACACAUUAAAAUAAAAUGGUGAUAAAAAUUAAAAAGUAGUAGGUAAACCAGAAGUAAAACUACGAACUAGCGAAUAUACGUCUAUGAUUAAAUUUCUUUGUUGAGUGCGAAUAUAUGCCCCGUUAAGGGGCAAUGUAUCUAUAUAUAUCUUACAUUUUUUCACUUCCCUUUAUCUUGCGAACGAUGGCCUUGCAUAAAACGGAAUGAGAUUUGUGUUGCGUGCGAAUACAUUUGAGAAGGAAUUUUAAUCGAAUUCGAAAUCAUUGAAUCGGAGAAAAGAAAACAGAUAGACGGAAAGAGAGAGAGAGAGAGAGAGAGAGAGAGAGAGACAAAUAUAUAGAGGAAAUGUCGUGCGAGAAUAAAACUAAACAAAAGAAUAGAAAAAGAAAAGAAAAAAGCAAAAUUAAAUACAAAUAAAAUUCUUUUACGACGGAAAUUUUUUGGGGAAAAUAAAUUGAAUAAAUAAUAAUAAUAAUAAUAAUAAUAAUAAUAAUAAUAAUAAUAAUAAUAAUAAUAAUAAUAAUAAUAAUAAUAAUGACGAUGAAAACGUCCAAAACUUUCAAAAAAAUUCAUGUCGAGAGUAAAAUAAAAAAAUAAAAAAGGAAAAGGGAUAGAAAAGAAAAGAAAUAAACAAAAAAAUAUGUAUAUAUCAAAUCGAGAAAUUUUAAUGUGAUUAGAACGAUAAUGGUGAGUUACAAACAAAUAAAUAAAUAAGGAAAAGAAAAUAAAAUCCUUAAACAAUAAUUACAACAACAACGAAAUAAUAUUAAAAAAAAAAGAUAGGUACGUAAUAUAUUUUAUAUACAGUUAAUUAUUAAUAAUCCUAAAAACAUAUCUGAAAAAUAGAGGAAGAUAAAAAAAAUGAAGAAAGAUAAAAUUUUACUUUGUAUUAUUUGUUCUCGGCAAUUACAUGAAUAGGUUUUACCACAGAUAUCUCAUUCAACAUAAAAACGAAUAUAUAUAAAUGUAUAUAUUAUAUAAGUGUGUGUGUAUGUAUGUAUGUAUGUUAUAUACCAGUUUUUUAUUUACUGUAAUCAUAUACGUUCAUUAUUCAUUGCGGUCAGUGUUUCGCGAAUCGUCGAGGAGGAACAAUCUAGACAGUAAGGAUGGGAACACGUAAGAGAAUGUCCUCUUAUCGGCUUUGGGGCUCAACAGAAGACGGAGCCAUCGAAUUUGAAUCGUUGACAAAUGAUACAUUAUCUGGUGCUCUUGAUGUUAUAAGAAAAAGUUUUUUUAUUCGAGAGAACGUAUGCAAAGGCGUAGAACUCAUAAAGGAACCUGGUGCGGCCGAUGAACUGAUAGAACUUUGUUUAAACGCCGCUAAAGAUGGAGUUAGCGUUGUUGCCAUUGACGUAAAAAGCGGGGAGGUUGUUGGCGCGCUUUUCAAUAAAAUUCAGGUCGCUGGAAGUCCAACAGACAAGAGUUCGUUCGAACUUUUCAGCGAAAAUUGUAAAUACAAAUCGUCGAAGGCACUGGUAGACUUCAUGAUCGAUGUCGACGGAUAUAUAAAUCUUUUCAAGCAUUACAACGUCAAAUACAUUUUGGAAAUAAUGUUUUUAGCGACUUUACCGAAUUUCGGUAAACGUAGAAUAGGUGAACUUUUGAUUAGUUCCUCCUUGGAAAUUGCCAGGGAGUUGAAACGCGGCAAAUCCGUGAAGAUUCCGGUUACGAUAAAUAACAACAAUUUUAUAGAAAAUUACGAUAUUAUUCCGACAUUGUCCUCGAGUAUAGCAACGUCGGAUUAUUCGAAGAAGAUCUGUAUGAAAUUGGGAUUUGAAAUAUUGUUAGAACGGAAUUUCGAUCAAUACGAAUUCAAUGAUAAGAAAUUUAGCGAUAGAAUCGAUGAGAAAAAUCAGACAUUCAUUGUAUUCGCUAAAAGAAUUUUGUAAACAUUUUGUUUCGUUUAAUGAAAUUAAAUGUGAAUUAAAUAAAAACUUAAAAAUUAGGUAAUACAAA